AUGGCUCUCCCAUCUGAUGAAGGUCUUCGGAAGCGAAAGGAUUCGUUAUCGGACGAAUUCGACUCGGAACUGGAUGACAAUGAAAUGAAAGCGAUUGUGAGUGACAUUGAGCAGGAUAAGAUUCACGAGGAGGCUCCGGAUACAAGAUGGAUACGCUUCAAAACACAUCUCAAGGAAUGGGGAGAGACAGCAAGUCUUCACGGAAUUCCCCAUAUGGCUCAAGCCCACACAGUAAUCGCUGUCGUCGUUUGGAGCAUUAUCAUGAUCAUCAGUGCCGUUGCUUUUGUUUACAUGUUCUACUCAAUUCUGGCUUCCUAUCUGGCAUUCAAUGUAGUCGUUCAAUUAAACACUGGGCUGGAUUCCGAACCAUUUCCCUCGAUAACUUUCUGUAAUACCAAUCCUUAUAAAUUGAGUGAAAUGACUAAAGUUCCCGAGUUGAAUGCUCUGUUGACUGUUUAUCAAGCAUCCGCUGAUGGAAGUUUGAGUUGA